AUGAGAUUUUUAUUGCUUCUUGUUUCAUUCCCUUCUUUAUUCAAACAUCAUACCUUUUCUUUAUCUCUCUCUUUCUUUGCUCUCUCUCUCUCUCUUUCUUUGCUCUCUCUCUUUCUUUGCUCUCUCUCUUUCUUUAUCUCUCUCAUCUUAUUUUCUUUCUCAUGCAAAAUCUUCUCUUUUGUCUCCCACUCAUUUUUGUUGUUUGUUUCUCAUGCACAUUACUUUGUUCUCAUUGUCUCGCUCAUAUUCUUUCCUUUGUUCUCAUUGUCUCGCUCAUAUUCUUUCCUUUGUUCUCAUUGUCUCGCUCAUAUUCUUUCCUUUGUUCUCAUUGUCUCAUGCAUUCUUUUCUUUGUUCUCUUUGUUUAUCACUAUUUUCUCUUUAUUCUCUUUGUCUCUCUCACUCUUUUCUUUCUUUCCUUUGUAUCUUGCAUUAAUUUCUUUGUUCUUUUUGUCUCUCAUAAACUUUUCUUUGUUCUCUUUAUCUGUCACUCAUUUCUUUUUUUCUUUUGUCUCUCUCUUUUAUUUGUUCAAUUAGUCUCCCUCUCUUUUAUUUGUUCAAUUUGUCUCCCUCUCUUUUAUUUGUUCAAUUAG